GGAAGGAAGAGGAGGACAAAAGAGGGCAGCUUCUGCAAGAUCUUGAGAUGUGUGAAGACUGCAGAAGGCACCGCGCAUCAGCCACCACCACCACCUUUAAUUCCUGCCUCCAGCCAGCCUCCCCCAAACAACCAUCCACCCCCACAGGUUUGCCAACUCCACCGUCUCACCAUCAUCGUCAUCAGCUCAUCAUCCAGGAGGAGCGACGAGGUAGAAAUCAAGCAGCCGGCGACGACCCAGCUGCUGCCGCAAGCCAUCUUUGAUCCUGUCGGAUCGACCGCAUGCGGCGGCGGCUCGGUGCAUCCAUCUGAGAUCACCGCGGGGAGGCACUGCACCGGAUCCAUCGUCUAUAUCCAUGGGGAGCGGCAAGGCGUCCCCUGGCGCCGGCGAAGGCGCGAGCGGCGGCCCGCCGCAGCCGGGCGCCGUCUGCUGCAUGUGCGGCGACAGCGGCCUCCUGGCCGAGCUCUUCCGCUGCUCCGCCUGCUCCGUCCGCUCCCAACACACGUACUGCACGGAUCGGUACCCGAAGGUGGAGUCGUACGGCACCUGCAACUGGUGCCUGAGGGCGGACCGCGGAGGCGUGGCUUCGACUUCGUCGUCGCCAAGAUCCGCCGGCAAGGCGGUGUCUGCCCGGUCGUCGGCUGCUCACGGUGACACAGCCGGCGGCGGCAGAUCGACCAAGGUCGCCGCCGCUCGUGGCGACUUCGCGUCGUCGAACCUGAGCAAGCCUAUCAAGAAGCAGCAGCCGCUGCAUCAACGGCUCCUGCUGCGGCGGUCGGCGUCGGACCUUAGCAGCCGCGUCCGCGACGCGCCGCCGCCGUCGCCCGGCGUCGCGCGCGGCAGGCCGAGGGUCCGGAGGUACAAGCUCCUGGAAGAGGUCAUCACUAGCUAGCUACCCGUGUGUGUGUGUCUGUUGCCGAUCGAUCAUGUCGUGGAUGUGACACGUGUGCGUAUUAGGUGUGUAUACUACGUGGAUCUUGUAGCUGCUAAUCAGAGUGUGCGCCGUGCAGAUCGAUCAUGUGAUAGAUGUACGAGCAGCUAUUCUCUCUAGAUCGAUCGUCUCGGUUAGUUAACUAGCUGUUCAUAGAGAGUUCUGCGUGCAAAUAAAUAAAUUCUGGCUAUAUGCCAGUGUCGUCUAAUCUCGAGCUUAAUCAAGGGAAUUAAAGAGAAGGCUUCUGUUA